CCUCCCCCUCCCCCUCCCCCUCCCCUCCGGGCAGGCGCAGUGCGGCGACAGCGGUGGUCGAUGUGGAGACGGGCGCUGCGCAUCGGGGCUGCGAGCUGGGCUUUGGGGCGAGGCCUGUUCACCAUGCAGUUGAAGACGGUGGAGUUCGAGUCGCUGUUUACCGACGGCCUGAAGUGCGUGGCAGAACUGUUCGGUAAAAACAACCACGAGUUGAGGAUAGCGGGCGGCGCCGUGAGGGAUUUGUUAAGUGGGAAGCAGCCCGAAGAUGUGGACUUCGCCACCACGGCCACCCCUGAACACAUGAAGGAGUUGUUCCAAGCUGCCGGCAUUCGGAUGAUCAACAACAAAGGGGAGAAGCAUGGCACCAUUACUGCAAGAGUGCAUAAUCAGAACUUUGAGAUUACUACAUUGCGAGUUGAUGUUGCAACAGAUGGAAGGCAUGCUGAAGUACAGUUCACAACAGAUUGGCAGACAGAUGCUGAACGAAGAGACCUUACAAUCAACUCGAUGUUUUUAGGCCUUGAUGGUACUUUGUAUGAUUAUUUCAAUGGCUAUGAGGAUCUGAAAAACAAGAAAGUUCGUUUUGUAGGUGAUCCAACACAAAGGAUACAAGAAGAUUAUUUGAGAAUAAUGCGAUAUUUUAGGUUUUAUGGCAAGAUUGCUAAAGAAUUAGGAGACCAUGAUCCCAAGACACUGAAGUCAAUCAAACAGCAUGCAAAGGGCAUGGCUGGAAUUUCUGGAGAAAGAAUCUGGUUUGAGCUGAAAAAAACUUUAGUUGGAAACCACGUUGCUCACCUUGUCAGUCUAAUGUAUGAACUGGAUGUAGCUCAGUAUAUUGGAUUACCGGUCAUUGAAGGCAACCUGGAGGAACUAAACAGGGUAUGCAGAAAUGUGCAACAUCACUCUCCAAAACCCAUGACUGUUCUUUCAGCACUGUUUCGAACACAAGAUGAUGUUCUAAGACUUGAUUUGAGGCUAAAAAUUUCAAAAGAAGAAAAGCAACUUGGCUUAUUCCUCGUUAAGUAUCGAAGAGAUUUGAUGAAGGCUGAUGGUGCUGAUCCACUAAAACCCUACAGAGAUUUUAUCAUAGAUUCCAGAGAACCAGAAAUGCAAAGCAAAGUGUGUGAAUUACUGAAGUACCAAGGAGAGGAGAAGUUACUGAAGGAAAUGGAGCAAUGGUCCAUACCACGCUUUCCGGUUAGCGGCCAUGAUCUACGAAGAAUUGGAAUAGUUUCUGGAAAGGAAAUUGGGACACUGCUGCAGGAGCUUCGGGAUACAUGGAAAAAAAGUGGUUACCAGAUGGAUAAGGAAGAGCUAUUGAGUUUUGUGAAAAGUCCUUAAAAAAAACCUCUGACAGGUCUUAGAUUCAGGCAUUGAAAUAAUUUUCUUAAUGUUUGUGUUAGACCUCUUGCCAUCAAUCUCAGUUUCUAAAUUAUAUAAGUGCUUAUUUCAUUUGUUGUAAAUUCAGCUGUUUUGUUUUUCUGUCACUAUGAUCACCAGUUUACUUGCAUGUUCACUAGUUUUAUUAAGUAACAAUUGGAUUCUACUCAAAAUUGGAUGGAUUUAUAUGUGCAGAUGACUGGUCAGUUCUGUUCAGUUUAGACUUUGUAAUUCCACGUAUUUGCACGUUUGAAGUUUGAACAGUUUGUGUUGCUAAAAGUAAUUGGCAUUGUGUCAGGUAGAUGAUGCACUAUUAAGGACUAGAUCUUAACCUGCCUAUAUAAAUUGAGUUUGUGUUCACCCACUAAUGCUCUAACUUGAAUAGAAUCUGGUAUGAAGGACAUUUAAAGAAUUAAAAAAUCUCACCUCAUGAA